AUGAUGGCGGUGAGUGCAUCAUUAACACAUGGCAGCAGAGAAAUAAAUACUCGUUUGUUUCCUGAUGAUUUACGUGAAGAACCAAAACAUGCGCUUCCACCUAUUGAGGGCUAUCGAAAAUAUGCUCUGUUACCGUUAUCUGAUGCUGUUAGUUCACUACAACGUGUCAUUCAUAUGUUACCACAUUAUGUUCGUAUUGCGUUGGAACAUACCACUGAUCAAGAGACGGCAGCUAUUUAUUUAUAUACUCUUGAAUGGCGACAACGAGACCAUAGUUUACAUGUUAUUUUAAAUCGUACAUUACGAAAUGUUGAUCGUACCAAACUCAUUCCAUGGUUGUCGUAUUUGAAGCUAUUUUUAACAGCUCUUUCCAAAUUACCACCGGUGAAAGGUAACGUUUAUCGCGGUGUGAAAGGGGAUCUAACAAAAGACUAUAAAAUUGGUAAACGAUACAUCUGGUGGGCAUUUAGUUCGUGUACUGCAACUAUCAGUCAAACGUUUGAGUCAAUAUCUCGAAGUCGCACACUAUUCAAUAUUGAACAAGCAAAUGGAAAAUCAAUAAAAAAAUAUUCGUCCUUCUCAUUAGAAGAUGAAAUUCUCUUACUACCUGGUUUUUAUUUCGAAGUUAUCGAAAUCUCAAAUCCCUCACAAGGAUUCUAUAUCAUCCGCAUACGGGAAUUUGAACCUCCCGAAAUGUUACUUGAACCAGCCAUUAGUGAGCUCAAAGUAGAUGUUCAUGAUCUGUUGAAACAAGCAUAUGAACGGUACCAACAUGAAAACGACAUACCGAGAUUAGCCAUAGUAUUACCCGAUAUGCAUUCUUCAUGGAAUGCUGAGAAUAUAUGGAAAAACACUUUUAGAUUGUUUUUCAUUUGUGAAUGUGCAGAUGAUAACGUUCAUUUGUCUCCUCAUCCAGGCUAUGUUUUACGUCACCCGGAACAAUUUUUCGCAAUACAUGCACAGUAUUUGAGACUCAUGCACAACAUUGCAAACCAUUCACCAUCGCUAAAACAACAACAUUUGGACAAAAUCGAUUCUAUUCUUGACUCAUUAGUGGGUCACAAUGCAAAUACCAAUCUGAAAGAUUAUAUGAAUGAUACAGCAUUAGGAAAUUUAUAUCGAGUUGUGAGGGACAGUGGUCAUGUUCGAUGGGUAUGUAUUAAACAUUGCCCGAAUAUCAAUAGUACGAUGAAUGAGCUGGAAAAACUCGGUAUAAACUUUGAUAGACGAUUAGGAAAGGUUCAGGUGAUUGGACAGUUUCCUGAUAUUUUGGAACUAGAUUCACGAGCCGUAACAAGGUUGUGUCAGAUACUCACAUCCGAUUUUUACUUCUAUCGAUUGAGUUUUGGAUGUUUGAGAAUAAGUCGAAAAGAUCUUAUGAGAGUAAUUUGUGCAGCUAAAGCGAAAGAUCUUCUGUUAGCUUAUAAUGUAGAGCUAUCAGGCGAGGAUAAAGGCGUGACAGUGGAUCUGGUUCAAGAAAUUUUGAAUAAAUCCCCGGCAAAACUUGGUGUUUGGUUGAAUAAUGUAUCACCUGAUGAAGGUCGAUUACUUGCACAACUACUUGUAGAAAACGGACGAUUGACUGGUCUAAAUAUUUUGACGACGACAAUCACAAACGAGUGUGCACAAGCUUUUGGUGAGUCUACACUCACUGAUUUUUCACUACUUAAUUGUGAAGUGACCGAUUCGUGUGCGCGAAUAUUGGCUGAUGCAUUUCACACAAACACGACAUUAACAAAAGUAUACGUAAGUGGUGAUAUGCCUGAUCCGGUUGUAAACGAUAUAAUCCGUGGUGUAUCAAAAAGCAUGAGUAUCCAAGAAUUUGGCAUUAGCAUAAAUGAAUCGAUGGGCUCGGAUGGGGUAAAUGCCAUAGCAAAUCUGCUGAAAACGAACCAGUGUAUGAAAAGCUUAGAUUUACGUUCAAAUAAGUUGAAUGGAGGGAGCACGAUGAUUAUUGCUCAAGGGCUAAAAGUUAACAAAAUGCUAACAUCAUUUGAUCUGUCAGAUAACAUGAUCGGUGAUGAAGGAGCGAAAGUUAUAGGCGAAGCACUGACAGUAAACGCUACUUUAAUUGGACUCGAUAUGGCAAAUAAUGAUUUGUCUGUUGAUGGUGUGGAAUUCAUUUCGAAUUCUUUGAAAACAAAUCAGGCAUUAACACAUCUUUACGUUGCUGAUAAUGAUAUAGAAGAUGAUGGUGUCUAUGUUUUAUCUGAUAGUAUAAGGAAUCUAGUGAGUUUAGAUAUCAGUGGAAAUAACGUAACGGAUGAAGGCGUAAGAGUAAUUUUGAAGGCUAACACCAAUGUAAUUAAUCUUAAUUUGAGCAGAAACAGACUUGGAGAUGUAGGUGCACAAUAUCUGGCUCAGUUUUUGAAAAGCAACAAUACCCCAUUAGCAUGUUUGAGUGUUGAAAAGACUAUGAUAUCAGUAGCAGGCAUAGCUGAAAUAGCAAAGGCUUUAAAAGUUAAUACAACUCUAACUAGCCUUGAAAUAUCUCUCGAUGAUCCAUCGGAUAAUCUUGUGACACAAAUUAUUGGCUCUCUGAAAGCAAACUCGAGUAUAAUACACCUUAAACUUAUCAUUUCUUACAGUGGACGAAACCAACCGAGCAAAACCAUUACUGAACGUGAUAUAAGAAAUUAA